AUGAAGAACGGAAACCUCAGAACCAUCGCCAUCGGACACGUCGUUGCUACAGUCAUUGUACAGGGAGCCAUUUUCUAUCUGAUGAAAAGUAACGCUGUGGAUGACACGGACAAGAAGGAGGACCAGAACAAAAGUCAAAUCGAAAAAGACAAGCUCAGCACAACUGUAGCAACAGAUAUCCAGGAAAAUGCUCCCCCUUGUCCCUCGAUAGAGUCCGCAAGGUCAACUAGCUCAACAAGCACCAAACUUUCAAUAACUGAAAGUGCCGACACAGAAACUCCAAAGAAGGAGGAGACCGCAGAGGAGGGACUUGCGAGCAAGGUGACAGGCCUGCUAGUCUUGUCCCCCGGCCAACAGAUUAUGUUGGUCGGUGCCGCAUCCCUUGCAAAGUACAUCAUCGUGGACCGAGCAAACAACGGCACCGGAUGGCAGCGCGAAACCAGGGAUAGUUUCGGUCUUUUCGGUUUUUUAUACGGCUUGCUCCUGAUCAUCAACGUUGUCGUAAUCCUUAUGUAUCUGUCUCAAGGUGCCACACGAGUUCAAGACAAAGAGAGCGUCAACAUCAAAGAAAGAGAGAAGAGGCGCGCCGCAGAAGCAACGAAAGCCAGGACAGCAUUUCUUUUUGCUGUGGGAGUGUUGGCUGGGCUUGUCAGCGAUUGGUGUCGAUAUUUUGUGCUUGCUGCAGCGGCCAAGGACACUCACGGCCUCGCGCAUCUUGGGCAAAUCUCGAAUCUCAGUCUCAUAGUCUUGACUCUGUCGAAGUUGUUCGUGUUUGCCUGCUAG